CGUAUUUUCUACGUCACAAAUGCGUGCAUUUUUUUCCCUAUCUGAUUGAUUCUGAUUUACAACGGUUUGAAGGAAUGCUAAGAAAUUGUCCUCCAUCAUCAGAAAAAUUCCACACGUUUAAAGUUCUCCGUAAAGCUAAAAUAUUUCAAAACCUAAAACCUAAAAAGGAAGUGCUUUAUUUUGAAAGCCCUGACCGGAUGUCUGACGCCGCGUGCGGGCGCAGCGCGAGCGCGUUCCAAUGUGAGCGCGAUGUGACUGCCGCACGGCACGGAGUCGGAACCGUCUUCAGCCGCAGCUUCGGAGGAGAAGAUGUCCAGCUCGCGGGAGAACGGCGGCUGCCCGGACGGCUACCGGGCUCUGAACACGAGCGAGCUGCGCGAGCUCCUCCAGAACGACGACAAAAUGGACCAAAUCAUUCGGCUCAAUGAGAAGUUCCAGGAACUUCAAGUGGACAGGGAGACGCUUCUGACCUCCAACCGGAGCGUCGCCGAGGAGAGUCUCGCCCGGCGACCUCCCCUCAACAACGGCAAACUCCAGCUGGCGGAGAAAUACAAGGAGCUGUCCAACCUGGUGACCACGUGCUGGGAGAAGCAGAGUCAGCUGGAUGCUCGCGGACAGAAGCACAGCCUACAGACGGCGCAGAACCUCCUGCAGGAGGAGGUGGCACGAGCUGAGGAGCAGUCAGAGGAGCUGCUGGAGAAGUUCAUGGAGGGUAACGUCGGCCUGGAUGAGUUCCUGGACUCCUUCCAAAGCUCCAGGAAGACUUACCACAUCCGACGGGCUCAGGUCGAGAAAAUGCAGGAGGCGACCCGCGCCAGGAAGCAGCCGUGCAGGAGCAAGAGAGCAGAGGAGGUCCCGGAGGUCAAGAGGGACUCGGAGCCGCCUCAGGAGCCUCAGAGGCCCAAUGGCUUCAUAGCACAGGGACCUCUUAGGGUGUUCCAGGACUGGUGCCAGCAGCCUUCCCGCCGACGAGCGGGGCCUAAAACUAAAAAACGAGUUCAGGGUUCCCUCCUGCAGCUGCAGGUGCUCAGGCUGGAGAAGCAGCCGAUCACAUCCAGGCUGGAUCGCGGACGCCAUCGAGCAGCUCGUUAGCGGGACCGAAGCAAACACGACGCCGGCGUCUUCUCUCAGAUCUAAAGUGCGGAUUUGCUUAAUUCCCUGGAGCCUCCAGUGUAAACAGUUUACGGAUUUAUAGCAAACAAAUUAGCGAGCUCUUCAUCAGAGUCGCCUGGGCUCCCACGGCUGAGUCCUUCAUUCAUGUUGAAGUAACAUCAAAGGCUAAGCAGCUAAAAGAAAAGACUGCUUCAACAUGCAGCGCUUGUGGACCUUCAGAAUUUACAUCAGCAAAGAUUUCAGGAAGAGAACACCCAAAAAACGACACAGACCUCCCCUUUUUACAGGUGAAAUCACUAAGUGCAAGUCAAAUGCAAUGAAAAUGAUCAAUAAAAGAGGUGCAAUAAAAAUGGCAUUGUGCAUUUUGCCUCUCGCUGGCUGAGCAGCUGCUCCACGAUCCGACUCUCCCCGUCACAUGGUUUCCAAAAUAGCAGUUUUCUGUUGGGUUUAUCUCCAUGGCAACCACUUUAUUUCUUGGUUGCCUGGUGGUGACAGACAGGUCUAUGUCAUUUUAAGAAGAAUCUGCAGAAGUAGAUUUUGGGAUUUCCAUGGCAACUGAGGUUUCUGGUUAACCACACCCACAUUCCUAAUAUGUUCAUUUCGUUCAGGUUGAGCCGGGGAUUUUAUGUAUUUAGUUUGUAUUAAACGUUUGAUCAACAAGGGAGCAGCGUUUUUCCAAACUUGCUGUUCAAAAUGUAUCAAACUUAAAACCAACAUUUAUUCUUAAGUAGCUUCACAAUAAUGCUCUAGGAGUUAGGAGGCAAAAGAAUUAAAUUUCUAGGGGUUUACUGUCGUUUUGUUUGUUUGUUUUUUUAAAUGGUGCCCUCCUAUCGAGGUCAAAGGUCAAGAAAACGUUGGUAUUGGUUGUGGACCUGGUGGUGUGUGUGUGAAGUUUCAUGAAGAGCUUCCAAAAAUGGAAAAAUUCCCAAACUUCCCACAAAAUGACUGCCUGUGGCCAUCCCAUAAUAAUAAUUUCAGACCUUCCUUAGCAUGUUCCCAACACCUGUGUUUUAGCUUCGCUAGUGGGUUUUGGGUUUUCCUCAAGCCCCACGUUUGUUUGUCUUUAUGGUUUCUCCCGCUGUGAUGUUUUUUGGUUUUUUUUUUGGGUGAGGGGGGGGGGGGGGGGGUCGUUCACUAUACCCAGAAUUCCUUUUUCCCCGUGUCGUUGGUGCGAGUUUGUGGCUUAAAGGCGCCGAAAGAAUGAAGAAUUGUGAAAAGGGUCCGGUCCUUCAGUCCAGGACGGCUGCUGCUGCGGCGGGACAGAACCACAGUUCUGUUCGGUUCUGGACUUCCGGAUUUGUUGAGUAGAAAGAGAGUUGCAAUAGCCUGACAGAGGUGGUUAUUUUUUUCUUUGUUGGUGUAUUUUUAGACAUUUGUAGCUCUUCUUGUCGAGCUUUGACAGAAAACCUCACCAGAGAGAAACUUUUUUAUAAUCAGCUCAGGAAGAUGGAGAACUGGAGAGCGAAGCUGUUGUUCUGCCAUAGAUCACCACAAAAAGCAGUGAAAUUUGACCUUCUUAGAUCUUUAUGACAGCCACAGCAGUCAGCCAGACAAUAUGAGCCUCGUGGGUUCAGAUUUCCAUCCAGAGCGCGUUCUCUUAUCUCCUGAACGCCUGAAAGGUCACAGGUUUAUACCGGCGGUUCUUCUGAGAGGAGAAAUGACGAAUCUAUGCACCUGUCAGGGCGGUGAGGAGAUGCCGCUCCGCCUUUAAGAGCCGGUGAAAUGAAGCCUCUUAAAGCGGCGAGAACGUGACGUGGUGGAACUGCUCGCCGCUUCCUUCUGUCCGCUGAAGCGUUGCACACGGCGGACUUGAACCCGAUCCGCUGCUACUGUAUGUUGUAGAGGCUGUACCGUUCUUGAAAUCAGCUCGGUCAGCCCCCCAAUGACUCCUGUUAUCUUCAAAGCUGCUAAUGUUGUGUAUUUUUAGCUGGGGGGGGGGCACAGUGCCUCUCAUCCAUCACUGUGUUCAGAGUCAGACUGAAAUAAUUGGGGUAAUGGGUUGGACGAUGAUAUUUUUUGGAGUUUGUCCACUCCCUCAAGACGAAACCAGACAGCUUUUGGCUCUAGCGCCCCCAUGAGGAGGCCCUGUGUUUGAGGGGGGGCUUGGAAUAGUUUUUCCACACGUUGGUGAUUGUAGCUGCUGACGCUUUAUUCUGAAAGUUUCCCAGUUGGGUCAGUUGAAGGAUAAAAGGAUUCGGGAUCAAAUUGUCCCAGGAAAGACGAAAAACGGACGUUUGUGGACAGACGCACAUCCUAAAGUUGCGGCACAAACCCUCAUAAAUGUUUGUGCAGACACUCUUGAACAGAGACGCAGAAGUGCGUCCACUCCACACCAGCACACGGGGCCAAAGGGUCAACCCAUUGACUGUGUGUGAGAACUGGAGUCCAGUUCCACUGGACAGCUCCAACCCAAUAAAGUCGAUUCAGUUGCCAUCCUAUCACGAAAUAGCUGCCGCCGUGUUGGAGCCAAAUGACGUCUGUAAGCUGUGAUCUCGUACUGAGUAAGUCUGAGUCAACGUUUCUAUGGCAGCCACUCUGGCCAAUCAGCAGUGAGCUUGUUGGAAGGCCACACCCCUACCACCUAAUAGCUACAUGAAAUCUGUCAGACGUAUAAAAUCGUCGGACUGGAGGAUCAGCAGGCUCCACCUACUUUUAUUGAGGCAUCUGAUUGGUCAUCUUAUAACAUGAAUAACUUGAACUACAGAAAAAACCUGAUAGGGUAAGAAUGGUUCUUCUGACCAAUAGAAUGACGGAGAACCUGCUAGGAUUUUGGCUUCUUGGAGCCAGCAGGUACUUCCUGUUUGGAACGCCAGGGGAGGGGCUCACUCAGUCCAGUUCUCACAUACAGUAAGUGCACCAAAGCAUAACGUCCUUAGCACUGCAAAUGUGAGCCCCAGCCUGGGCAAAGAUGGCUCCCCCUCCUGCCAUUCCUAAGAUCCUAUACACCCCCCUCCCCCCAAUUCAAAGGCCCUGGACAAGCCCCCACCCAGGAGUCCUAAAGGUGAAGUUUAAAUUAUGCAGGUGUGAGCACUCUUGAGGCCCCCCUCAAGUCAAUUCUACAUGUCACCACCUUUUAACCCCUCCCCCGAGUGUGGGGCACUGGGUAGCCCCAGCGUGGUACCACCCCCAGACUCAUCGACCACCACCAAAAGCUAAAUGUGAACAAGGUUACAGUUAUGUCCCAUUUUCUGAGCAUCUGGUGUUUUUCUGGUGUUAGUUUGGACUCAUUAAAACCAACUUUUAUCUAAUUUAAUUUAAUCAAAUUCUCCAAAACAUGGAUCUCCAAGCAUCUCCGCACACGUCACCGUUACUGCAGCGCCAGUUAUGACUUCAAGGACGGCUUGGAUCAAACCGCUGCCUAAGGCUCAUUCUUCCUCCUGCAUCAGAUGAUUCGCAUCAUCAAGAGUGACACGAAACCUUUUUACCCUCAAAUUUGAAUAAAAGGCAUAAGUGUAAUCUGUCGUCAGGUCAUUUAGGCAUUUUUACAGGGUAAAAAUCCUUAUUUGAGGCUGACUAACCGCUACCGCGUCUGUCGGUGUGAAGGCUGCUGGGAAAGUUCUUCUGCAUGCUGAGCUUUACGUGAGAAAUCUGCUGAUUUAUUUCCGAUCAAAACUGUCGGCGGGUUCCUCGCUGUACUUCUGCCAACACUCCAACAUUCAAGUGGCCUUAAACAACUUGUUUACAUAAAAAAUAACUUUCAUUUGCUUCCCGUGUUACUCCAGGAAAUGUCAAUUAAAGUCAUUUUCAACUCAGA